UCAACAACCCUCCCAGUUUCCCCCUCUACUCUUCACUCUUCAUAGUUGAUUCUGUUUUUCUGCCGAGUCCUUAAACGUGCGAACGUCCCUGCUACAUCAAGAUGGGUAGGGAGGACAAGGCCACCUGGAAGGCGAAUUAUUUCACCAAGCUCAUUACUCUUUUGGACGAUUAUCCAAAAUGCUUCAUCGUCGGCGCCGACAACGUGGGUUCCAAGCAGAUGCAGCAGAUUCGCAUGAGUCUGCGUGGACACGCUCACGUGCUCAUGGGCAAGAACACCAUGAUGCGUAAAGCCAUCCGUGGCCAUCUGGAGCACAACCCCAACCUUGAGAAGUUGCUGCCCUACAUCCGUGGCAACGUGGGCUUCGUCUUCACCCGCGGAGAUUUGGUCGAGGUGCGUGACAAGUUGUUGGAAAACAAAGUGCGCGCCCCUGCCCGUAACGGAGCCAUCGCUCCGUGUCCCGUCGUCAUUCCGGCCCAGAACACCGGUCUUGGUCCUGAGAAGACUUCUUUCUUCCAGGCUCUCUCCAUCCCCACCAAGAUUUCUAAGGGAACGAUUGAAAUCAUCAACGACGUGCACAUCCUUAAGGAAGGUGACAAGGUUGGCGCCUCCGAAGCCACCUUGCUCAACAUGUUGAACAUCUCUCCCUUCUCGUAUGGUCUGCUCGUCGAGAUGGUUUACGACUCGGGCACCAUCUUCGAGCCCAAGAUUCUUGACAUCAAGCCGGAGGACUUGCGUGUCAAGUUCAUGGAGGGUGUGCGCAACAUAGCUUCGGUCUGCUUGUCCAUCAGCUACCCGACCUUGGCUUCCGCUCCUCACAGCGUUGUCAACGGAUUCAAGAACCUGCUGGCCAUUGCCGCAGCUACAGAAAUUGAAUUCAAGGAGGCGACCACUGUUAAGGAGUUCCUCAAGGAUCCUUCCAAGUUCAUUGCCGCUGUCGCAACCAGCACUCCAGCGGCUACUGCCGCGGCUCCGGCUGCUGCGGCUAAGGAGGAGAAAAAGGAGGAAAGCGAGGCGUCCGAUGAUGACAUGGGCUUUGGUCUUUUUGACUAGUUCAGGAAGAUAGUGGUUUUGGCUGCUCCUCCAGAGCUGACUAAAAUAAAAAUCUCAAAAACUGA